GAAUAAAAGUCUAAGUGGUGAUAGUCUAAAUAGCACGAAAUUGCCAACUUAUGCUUUGUAUCUAAGAAAAUUUAGAAAUUAUUUAUAUCAACUUUAGAUUCAGAAACCCUCUCCACAUGCACAUGCUAGCCUUCGGUCAUACCAUUCUCCGAUCACCUAAGAAUCUAAUGACCAUGAAAAGUGCGAGGCCCGACAGGCAACGAUUCAUAUUCUCCUCUUUGAUCUUCAUCUUCUUUCUUUGUGUGUUGGCUUCUAUCAAUGAAGUUCGAUUUGAUAGCUUAUUGAAGUUUGGUAGAUGUGCUUUUCAGAAAUUUCCAUAUCAAUCCUCUAAUUCAUCUUCUACCAAUUUUCUUGCUACAAAUUCUUCCUCUGACGAUAUUCGCAUACUCAUUGGCAUCUUGACACUUCCAGACCAAUAUCAGCGCCGGCAUUUUCUUCGUUUAAUAUACGGGACGCAAUCUCCGAUGGGUGCACAAGUUGACGUAAAGUUUGUGUUUUGCAAUCUAACAAAGGAAGAUCAAAAAGUACUUGUUGCACUAGAGAUAAUGCGUUACGAUGAUAUUAUCAUCCUCAAUUGCAAAGAGAACAUGAACAAGGGUAAGACCUAUACUUAUUUUUCAAGCUUGCCAGAAAUAUUAAACGACACAGAUAGGCCAUACCCUCCAUACCAUUAUGUGAUGAAAGCUGAUGAUGAUACUUAUUUUAGGUUAGAAAACUUAGUGGAGUCACUAAAGCCAUUGCCUAGAGAAGAUUUGUACUAUGGUUAUGUUAUUCCAUGCCCUAGCAUGGACCCUUUUGUGCAUUAUAUGUCUGGGAUGGGGUAUAUGGUUUCAUGGGACAUUGUGGAGUGGAUUAGGGAUUCUGAAGUUCCAAAGAACCAUACGGAAGGGCCAGAGGACAAAGUCUUUGGAGACUGGAUCAGAGAAGGGCACAAAGCAAAGAAUAGAUAUAAUGCUAAGUGGUCAAUGUACAAUUUUCCAGAGCCACCCACAAGGUGUACGCAUGAGCUUUGGCCAGACACAAUUGCAGUUCACCUUCUGAAGAAUCAAGAGAAGUGGAUUCAGACAUUGAAGUAUUUCAACGUUACUAGUAAUCUUAAACCUUCUAAAUUAUAUCAUAUACCUUAGGUAAUUAAUUCCUUGAUUUUAUUGUCUUUUUUCUUUUUUUAUUAAUUAGAGAUUGAAAAUCUUACAAAUACAUACGAGUUAAUUAAUUUUUGGAUAUUUAAUUGUAAUUUUCCUUUUUAUUAUUAUUUCUGUAAUAUAUAUUGAUAUGGCUUCAUCA